AUGGAACUGAAAUCAAUGGAUACCGUGGAAAUGCCCCUUUUUGGGAGCACUUUAAAGUUAAUGAAGUUUUGGUCAUAUCUCUUUGUUCACAAUUGGCGACGUUAUGUGGCCAUGGGUCCAUAUAUAAUGAUCAAUUGUACGCAGUACGUGGAUAUAUAUUUGAGUACGGAAUCAUUGGAUUUUAUCAUCAGAAAUGUAUAUCUAGCUGUGUUGUUUACAAACACAAUUGUGAGAGGUGUUUUGUUGUGCGUUCAGCGAGGAAGUUACGAGAGAUUUAUUGAGAUGCUAAAGUCGUACUAUGUUCAGUUAUUGGAAUCUAAGGAUCCCGUUGUGGCUAACUUGGUGGCAGAGGCCACACGACUUUCCUUGUUUAUCAGUAGAAUUAAUUUGUUGAUGGGCACCUGCACUUGCAUAGGUUUUGUUACCUAUCCCAUUUUUGGUUCUGAAAGAGUUCUGCCCUAUGGCAUGUAUUUGCCCACCAUUGAUGAGUACAAGUAUGCCACUCCCUACUAUGAAAUCUUCUUUGUAAUCCAAGCCAUUAUGGCUCCCAUGGGAUGUUGCAUGUAUAUUCCCUACACCAAUAUGAUAGUGACCUUUACUCUGUUUGCCAUAUUGAUGUGUCAAGUUCUGCAACAUAAACUGAGGAGUCUGGAGAAGUUGAAAGGUGAACAAGUGCGAAAGGAGAUAAUAUCUUGCAUUAGAUUUCAACUAAAGUUGGCGGGAUUGGUAAGCUCUAUGAAUUCCCUAAAUACCCAUCUUCAUUUGGUGGAAUUUCUGUGUUUUGGAGCCAUGUUAUGUGUGUUACUUUUCUCUCUCAUAAUAGCUCAAACUAUUGCUCAAACAGUCAUAGUUAUAGCUUAUAUGGUUAUGAUUUUUGCCAAUAGUGUGGUUCUCUAUUACGUGGCCAAUGAACUCUACUUUCAAAGCUUGGACAUUGCCAUUGCUGCCUAUGAGAGCAAUUGGAUGGACUUUGAUGUGGACACACAAAAGAUGUUGAAGUUUCUUAUAAUGCGUUCUCAAAAGCCUUUGGCGAUUCUGGUGGGAGACACCUAUUCCAUGAAUCUGAAGAUGCUGCAGUCGCUAUUGAAUGCCAUCUACUCCUUCUUUACCCUACUGCGACGCGUUUAUGGCUAG